CAAAAUCACACACCGCUCUCGGAGUCUGUGACGGAAUGACUUUUGGUACACCAGCGCGCGUCCAGAGGCAGACUCAUUUUCGUUGAUACGACUUUGCGAUACCGUGAACAAUGGAUAAAAAGAAAAUGGCUUCGGUGUUGGCGUUAUUGACAGUGAUGUACGUGUGUGCGGUAUCUGGAACAAUAAACAACUGCACCAGGGCAUUCAACGUAGUGGCACCCAAAGUUGCCGUUCCUGGUCAAAGAACCGCAGUACUGGUUAGCUGGAAUCCAGCAUGCAGUCCCAAAGACGUGACUCUACGGCUCUUGCGUCAGAUACCGGUAACCGAGCAACAGCGAGCGGCUGACGACGACGUACUAUCGCACAACACCGUCACCAUACAUGGUGACGGAAUUAUCCCACUGACGGUGCCUACACAGACGCCAGACACGUGUUACCUCCAAACGCUAACUGACUGCGUGAACGGCACAACAAAUUGCACGCUUCAGACCACGUCUCGAUUGCGAUUGGUCGGAUCGGUGCGUGACGUAGUCGUACAGACUUCCAGCAAGUUCUAUAAGCCCGGAGAAACUAUUGAAUUUUGGCUUCUACCACUGGACCAUUACCUUCGUAUUGCCGAGGAUGUCACUAUGGACGUUUACAUCAAAAACCCUAAGGGAACACGUGUCGCACUUUGGGAUGACGUCCCGUCGAGCCGCAACACUCCGUUCCGUUUCAUGUUAUCCGAGUUGGCUGUCGUCGGAGAAUGGACAGUUGAGGUAGCCUCCGAAGGAGUGACAUUCAAGACCGCCGUGAAUGUGAGCAAUACACGAGGUUCCACUGAUCCACCAAAACGAGAACAGACGAUAACCGAGGAACACUUCGUAGAGUUACGAUUUGGACACGAGAUGAGACAUAAAUACAAGCCUGGGUUACCUUUCCUUGGAAAAGUAGAAGCUAUGAGUUCGGAAAAGAAUCUUCGAGUCCGCGUUAAGGUAUUUGACAACUCCACUACAAUAUAUAGCCAAGAUGUUGAAAUAAUUCAAGGCGAAGGAACCUUCGUUGUUCCAGCUAUGUUAUCUGACAAUGAAAUAAUUGUACUCCAAGCUGAAUUAGUAUCCGUUGAAGGAAAAGAAAUCGAAGGACACUAUGUAUUAGCCAAAGAAUUUAUACAAAAAUGGAACUCCACAUCAGAUUGUUACUUAUUGGUCGAAGGAAUAGAACAUACUUUAACGGCAAACGAAGAAGCAGAAGUGGUUGUGCUAUCAUCGUGUCCUUGCAAUCGAUACGUUAACUAUGUCGUGACCACCGAGGGGCACGUGGCUAUUUGGCAAAAAUAUAAGCCAGUUGUCCACAUGACAAAAAUCAUGGACCAAGUGGACAUUUGUCGAUUCAACUUAACAUUCAACGUAGACCCCGUGAUGGCACCUACUAGUCACUUGUUGGUUUAUUAUACCACUGAGAAAGGAGAAACAAUAAAUGAUGUAAUUAGUUUCAAUGUCAAACAAACCGAUCCAAAGGUGAAAAUAAGUUUAAAGGAUGAUAAAAAUAAUUGGUAUCCGGAAGAAUUGAUGGAACUAAAUGUAAUGGCCGAAGAAAACUCAUUAGUGUGCUUAAUUGGAGGAAGAGGAACGGAAAACAUAUCUCCAUUAAGAAACAUGGACGAUGACACUGACCUUCUUGAAUCCGGAUUAUUAUUCCUUGAAAAACGUUUAGAUGGUAAAGUUACAACUUCAAGACAAAGCGAUCUAUAUCCAAAACAUCAUAGCUUUUUGGAUACAUUUUCGAUGGAUCAACUAUGGACAUGGAAAUGCGUAAACUUUACGAGCAAUGUCAUGAAAAAAGGUAUGAAUAUUCGUGCACCGAAUAAAGCUGGCCAUUGGAAAUUGCGCUUGUUAACUGUUGGUAGCAGUGGACUUAAAAUAACAGACACAUUAGACAUCAAAGUCACUAGUACUUUAGAAGUAGAUGUUCGUACACCAGUCGAGAUAAACGUCGGCGAGACAGUCCAAACCGAUAUUUACAUUGCUAAUAACGUCAAUUCUUGCAUGGACGUGAAUGCACUCUUGUCAUUGAGCGAAGGCGCUGUAUUUAGCAGUUCCAAUCAACCGUUUGUCGCAGAAAAAAUGAGAUUAGGUGCUUACGGUGCCACGUCAUUAAUCGUUAGAAUUACAGCGCUGAAAGAAGGAUUAAAAAAUCUUACCGUGGAUAUAUCGGGUUACGUGAGUGAAAAAUGUCACUUGAUAAACGAUAGCAAAAAAUCGGAAGAACUUGAGUUGAGUAAUUCCACCGCAAGUAUCGUCGUAAAAUCCGUACCGAUCUACGUGCACCCAGAAGGCAUUCAACAUCAGACCACCGAUAACGCUUAUUUCUGCGCCAAUGAACAACUCAUCGUGUCAACAACAUCAGAUUUCCGGUACCAACACAUAAACGCGCCUAAAAACCGAGACGGUAUUGUAUUCGAAAUACAAGCGAAAAAAAGCGCUCAUAUUUUGCUAAGUCAAGAACGCAAACCGACCACGCUGAUGUACCAGAUUGUAUUAGGUGACUUGGAUAAUACGAUUUCGUGGAUAGGUCGCGGAAAACAUGGAAAUGGUGUACAUUUGACGAGUCGCAACACUCCCGGAAUUUUAUCUGAAGAAGAACCCCGCACGUUUUGGAUCAGUUGGGAGAAAGGAGUAUUGGCAUUUGGUUACGGUCAGGAAAUCCAUCAGUACCCGUUGCUGAAAUGGAAUAUGGACAAAAAAAUAAAAAUUAACCAUAUCGGUUUCGCCACCAUUCUUGGAACCACAGGGCAGUUUAGAGUGUGGAAUUACAACGACGAAGCUGGCUUCUCACAAGUACUGCACUUAGAAACACCCAAUACAAUGAUAUCGGGAUCCGAAUCUGGCACUUUGGUUGUAACUGGAGGUUUAAACUUCCCAUUUUUCGUGCAGAAUGAACCGAAAUUUUCUACGAGUUUGGUAUCAUUCCUAUCAACUUUCACGCCACUUCUCAUGUCUGAACAUAAUAAUAACGGCACCGAAGAAAAAUCACUGGUAGAUUUAUUAUCGAAGAGCAUACCAGUACUCCUUUCCUACCAAAAUCCCGAUGGGUCGUUCGGAGACCAUCCAAACGUACCGUGUUACUGGUGUGACCUUCGCGUUCUCGAAAUAUUAUGGAGAAGUCAGUCUCACGUCGGUGUGGAUUCAGAUCUAAUCAAAGGGCUAAAAACGUGGAUCCAAAAGCAGGUUUUCGAAGAUUUCUCAACUGUUGUUGGUCAAUCUGACAUGGAAAUAAACCAAAUAAUAUGCGCUGCCGACACUUUGGCCACUCUAAUGGAAUUAGGCAUAGAAUCUGAAAUUGAUUMAAAAAUUGCAAAUCACACCAAAUCCUAUCUCGAACAACAUUUACAUAAUAUUGUCAAACCAUACCCACUUGCUAUAACUACCUAUGCGCUGAUGAUUUCGAAUAGCUACUUCACCAAAAAAGCUCAAACAAAAUUACAAUCUCUUUCGACAAACCAAGAAAGUGAAUUUGGAUGGCCCAAAGUACAUCCUACGUCUGAUUGGUACGACGAUGUAGUUCCACAAAAAAAAGUUUCGAUUGACGAAUUCAAAGCUUCAUUGUAUUGUUUAAUGAUCUACUCGGCAAAACGAGAAUUGAAAUCAUCCGAACCCAUAGUUCGUUAUCUAUACUAUAGAACUAAAAUCUUGGAUAUAUAUCCCGAGUUAGCGUAUCUAGCUGUGAAAGCAUUUGCUAUGUAUGAUAAAAUUGGAUCGGAUCCUCACCGGAAAUUAACAAUUUCCCUGGCUACUUCUGGUAUGGAAUUGACCGAUACGUUAGAACUUGACCCCAGUACAAAAUCUCAAUACUUACAUUUACCUUCUUUGCCAACAAAAGUAUUUGUCUACGCUACCGGAGCUGGAUGCUCAACAAUACAAGGGAGAGUUUUGUAUUCUACCUAUACUACGGCAGAAAAUGAUAAAAAACCGUUUGAUCUAUGGUCAGGAGUCACUGACGUUAUUCAACCGAGUAAAGGUUUUACAGAUGAAAUAUAUGGUCAUGCGAUAACAUUAAGACUAAAAACAUGCUUUAGGAUGAACAACGAAACGGAAGAUGCUAUUAGACUAGAAAUAAAACUAUUUUCGGGGUAUUACUUUGACAAGAUUUCGUCUGCUAGCGUAUCAAAUGUCCAUCACGACUCACAUUCCAAUCAUAUUUGGUUUGUCUUCGCUAAGGUGAAAAGUAACUGCAUCGUUUGCGUAUCAUACACGGCCAAGAGCAUUCAAAAAGUGACCGGUCUACGACCAGCUGUAGCAAAAGUGUACGUUGUGUCCAGACCUGACCAGAGUUCGUAUAAAUUAUUCCACGUAGAUGAAGAACAGAACCCGUUGGCCGAAGGGUUGACUGACAUGCAAAUUGCAGACUGGAUAACCAACGAUUCCAACGGCUUUCCCGCGGAUAACAACGACCCAUGCAAAUGUAACGACCACUGCGAAUCGACUACGACGGAUAAAACGACAGUUGUACCGACUACGUUGAGCAACACUGAGAAACCGUCGACUCAAGCCGCCACUACUUCCACAUUUACCAGAGACGUGACGACGGAAGGAACACCCGCUGCGACUCGGUCGACAAAGGCGGAGGAAGUGCUGUCAAAGCCGAGAAUCGCGACGAUCCCGACUAAGAUCAAACGAACGCCGGUGAAGUCGACCGGAAAUGUGGUGCGCAACAUGAAAAAACCCAACAAGAAAACCGAUAAGGACAAAGAUUCUAAUUCCAAGCACAGGGCGAGUGACAACAGUCCCGACUCGAGUGAUCGCGACCCCACACCGUUGAAAGACACUGUCAAUACCGACCCAGCGACGAUGACCAAAAUGGCCCAAAUGAAUACGAUGACUAAUAUGGGCCAAACUAAUAUGAUGAGAAAUGGUAGGCCACCAGUUGUCAGCGGUUCGACAGCAAAACCGAUGACGACGACAACUAAAGUCACAACUGUACGCGGCUCAAACGUGACAACGGAUGACCGUACGACCGCACGCACUACCACUUAUACCACAGUGACCACUCCGACUACUACGAAGCAUCCAACCAUCACCCCAAUGGCUUUGACUUCAACUAGUGUGCAGGCAUCUAAAACAUCAACACCCAGCAGCCGGGCUACAACAGUUACUGCUCGACCAUCCAAGACCACAGAUACUCCCGUCACUACCUCCACCGCGGCGGCCACCCCCACCACCACCACCACCACCACUGUCGUGACGCCCACAUCCGUCAAACCCGGGCAAGCAACUUCAUCCAAGCCAUCAAUAACACCCACAACUUCAGUGUCACCGGCAACGAUGGCCAAGACGUCACUGACCACUGCAGCGGCAACGUCGGUAAAACCCAUCACUGUAACUACGGCCACGCCCACUCCAGCGGUGACCACAACCGCAGCGGCAAAAGAUCGCACGACACCUAUGACGGCCAAACCAUUGGUCCCGUCCACGACGCCGAUAGCUGACCUGAUAAUGGAAGCAAAUCGAAACAAAAAGAUCGCCUCCGACAACCAGAAGAAGGACGGCUCUGAAUAAUAAUCGUAAUUGAUUUUUGGUUGCUGCUCGAAACUAAAAUAUGUAUUGCUCCAAAAUGUAUUUUACUAUUAUUAUUAUUAUUAUUAUCACCACCCACUAUCUGCAGAUUAACAGAACAACUAUAAUAAUCUGCGAUGUACAUAAUUUGGGCGCAUUACCGCUUUAGAUAUGGGAUUUCAUCAAACAUUUAUUUACUUAGUUAUACAAGCAGAGUUGGUUUUUAUUUAGAUAAUAUACAAUGGCAUGAUGGCAUAAUAUAAAAAUAUAAUGUACAACUUGUGUACUGCAAACCAUAUCGUCGUCCAAAUUGAUAUGGGUUUACUUAGAACAUUUUUGAGUGUUAUCGAAAUAAUGAUAAUAAUACACAUAAUAAGGUAUCGAAAUAAAAUAAACUUAUUAAUAAUACAUCUUAAAGUAGAUAUACAAUUUUUGACACUGAGUGACAAUCAAUAGAUAUGAGUUUCAGAUGUUACCUUAGUAUUGUUAACAUUUAUGCCKUUCUGUUUAUAUUUUCACAACAAAAGUAUUAUUAAAUUUCAUAAAAAUGCUCAAAAUAAUAUAUAAUAUAUUAUGAUAGAUGUAAUUUGCCAAUUUUAGUGACACAUUUUGGUGCUUUUUGCCUAGUCAAUUCGUUUUGUCCGUUUCAAAUACGUCCGUUUUAAAUAUAAUUUGUGAAAA